AUGUACAAGGCGGUUCGUUUUACGCGUAAUGCUGGCUAUUCUUUGAGAAAAAAUAUACCUUUUCUUGCACGAGUUUCGCAUGCUAUUCCCGAAACUCGGCAAUUAGUUGGUAGAAUUACACCGUUAUCUGUGUCGACUCAAAUUCGUGAUUAUGCCUCUGGACACACCAAGGAAGAGCAAAUUCUAGCGCGGAUUCAACAGUUGCGGGAAAAAGCUCAUUUGGGAGGCGGAUUGCAAAGAAUUGAUACACAACAUAAAAAGGGAAAAUUGACCGCAAGAGAGCGUAUCGAUCUACUCUUGGACCCUGACACGUUUAACGAAUAUGAUACUUUUGUAGAACAUCAGUGUGAUGGUGUGGUAACGGGACAUGGCACAAUAAAUGGUCGUCGGGUUUUCGUUUUUUCCCAGGAUUUCACUGCUUUUGGCGGAAGUUUAUCGAAAAUGCACGCGCAAAAGAUAUGUAAAAUAAUGGACAUGGCUGUGAGAGUCGGCGUUCCCAUCAUAGGUUUAAAUGAUUCUGGUGGCGCCCGUAUCCAGGAAGGUGUGGAUUCACUUGGUGGAUACGCGGAUAUAUUUGAGAGAAACGUUUUGUCAUCCGGUGUCAUACCUCAAUUAUCUUUGAUUAUGGGCCCAUGCGCUGGUGGUGCCGUGUAUUCACCAGCUCUCACUGACUUUACGUUCAUGGUCCGUGACACAUCAUACUUAUUCGUUACGGGUCCUGACGUUGUCAAGGCAGUAUGCAAUGAAGACGUGACACAAGAAGAACUUGGUGGAGCAAGAGCACAUACCGUUAUGUCUGGGGUUGCACAUUGUGCCUUUGAAAAUGACAUCGAGAUACUUCAACGUACUCGUGACUUUUUCGAUUUCCUCCCGCUUUCGAACCGGGAACAAGCCCCAGUUCGCUAUUCUGAUGAUCCGCCAAAUCGCGAGGAUGAAGCGCUAAAUCAUAUUAUUCCGGCUGAUUCCACAAAAGCAUACGACAUACGCGACAUAAUUACGCGCCUCGUGGAUGACGGAAAUUUCUUUGAAAUUAUGCCAGAUUAUGCAAAAAACAUUGUCAUUGGUUAUUCUCGGAUGGGUGGUCAAACCGUCGCCGUUAUUGGCAAUCAGCCGAUGGUGUCUUCCGGUGUGCUGGAUAUCAAUGCUUCUGUGAAAGCUGCUAGAUUUGUGAGGUUCAGUGAUGCUUUCAACAUCCCUCUUAUCACGUUAGUUGAUGUACCCGGAUUUCUUCCCGGUACCGCUCAAGAACACAAUGGUAUCAUUCGUCAUGGCGCAAAGUUGCUUUAUGCAUAUGCCGAGGCUACCGUUCCGAAAAUUACCGUGAUCACCAGAAAGGCUUAUGGCGGUGCAUAUGAUGUCAUGUCAAGCAAGCAUCUCCGCGGUGACAUUAACUACGCGUGGCCUACGGGCGAAAUUGCUGUUAUGGGCGCAAAGGGUGCCGUAGAAAUCAUCUUUAGACACGUUGCCGAUCGAACCCAAGCAGAAAAGGAGUAUAUCGAGAAGUUUGCUAAUCCGAUACCCGCCGCACAGAGAGGAUUUCUGGAUGACAUUAUUCUGCCGGCCGUGACGCGGAAAAGAAUUAUUGAGGAUUUGGAGGUGCUUAAAUCAAAGGAACUGCCCAUAAUAUAUAAGAAGCACGACAAUUGUCCGUUAUAA